AUACACCCAAGGAGUAGAGCAUCAGUGCACAGUCCCAAGCAAAGCAAAGCAAAGCAUAGCAAGAAAUGGCCGGCUCCGACAGCGUCCGCCGGAUGCCAUCCCUGCCGUGGACGGUGAGCAUCCAAACGGCCGCUUACGCAAUCGCGCACCGCCUGGACGGCAGCAUCCGGCGCUCCCUCUUCUCCAUCGGCGACCUCAAGAAGGCUCCACGCCCCAACGCCUCGGAGGUCCGUUCCGCCGACAUCACCAUCGACGCCUCCCGCGGCAUCUCGGCGCGCGUGUUCUCCCCCUCGACGGCCGCCGGAGACACCACCCCGCUCCCCGUCGUCGUCUUCUUCCACGGCGGCGGGUUCGCGCUCUUCUCCGCCGCGUCCCGCCCCUACGACACGCUCUGCCGCCGCCUCUGCCGCGGGGUGGGCGCCGUCGUCGUGUCCGUCAACUACCGCCUCGUCCCCGAGCACCGCUUCCCGGCGGCCUACGAAGACGGCGUCGCCGCGCUCCAAUACCUCGACGGCAUUGCCGUUCCGGCCGACCUGGCACCGGUCCCCGUCGACCUCUCCAGCUGCUUCCUCGCCGGCGACAGCUCGGGCGGCAACAUGGUUCACCACGUGGCCCAGCGCUGGGCGGCCAUGUCGGCGGCGUCGCCUCCACUCCGCCUCCGCCUUGCCGGCGCCAUCAUGAUCCAGCCAUUCUUCGGCGGGGAGGAGCGGACGGCAGCCGAGAUGAUCUUCGACAAGGCCUGCCGCAUACUGACGAUCGCGCGGGCGGAUCACUACUGGCGGGAGUUCCUGCCGGAGGGCGCGACGCGGGACCACCCGGCGGCGCGCGUGUGCGGUGACGGCGUCGAGAUCGCCGAGGCGUUCCCGCCGGCGAUGGUGGUGGUCGGUGGGUUCGACCUGCUCAAGGACUGGCACACGAGGUACGUGGAGACGCUGCGCCGGAAGGGGAAGGUGGUGAGCGUGGUCGAGUACCCGGACGCCUUCCACGGCUUCUACGCGUUCCCGGAGCUCGCCGAUUCUCGCAAGUUCGUCGAGGACAUGAGGCUCUUCGUCGACGAGCAUAGGUCCAAGCGAUCAUUGCUAGUUUAGAUCAUCGUCGCGCCGUAUGGAGCAUGGCAGCAUGCAGGGAGAUUUACGUGGAAUAUAAUGGUCCACGUGAAAUCCAUGCAAUAUCAUCGUACUGUACUAGGGCCCACGGGUUGCCUUUAUGGCUGUGCACUGUGCUCUCCUCGUAUGAUCCAUUCCUCCGUUGGUUAAAAAUAAUAAAAUCCUCGUACUAUAUUUAUAUAAA